UCGUUUCUGUGCCUAUAGUCACCGCAAUUUUUUAUUUCAAUUUUUUACCUGUCUCGCUUGUUAUCUUAUAGGUUUUUGAUUGAAUUCUUCGAAGUAUGUUAGUAGAAGCAGUGAAAUUUCUCGUCUUCCUUCAAUCCUUUACCCGCCACCACCACACAUGGCUUCUUCCCUGCGAGAACUUCUCACACAGGAAAGCUUCCAUUACGCAAAUCGAAAUCGAUUCAAGUCCAAAGACAAGGCCGGAGCAAAGCAACUCUCUCACUUCGUCUGCAAUGAUCGGAAAAGCUUCGAUUUUUCUAAUGACAAGCCAGAGAAAUCUUUGAUGCGAAGUGGGUCUUCGUCGUUUCAAUCCAAAAGGGUUGAUUCUGCUUCUGGAACCUCUAAUUCUAACUCAGAUUCAAGAGCAAGUGAAGGACCUCCCAUGGAUGAAGUUGCAAUUCGAGCAGUGAUUGGUAUACUCAGCGGGUACAUAGGAAAUUACAAAAACGACGCUUCUUUCCGCAAAACGAUGAGAGAAAAAUGCAGUUCUUGCCUGAUGAGUGGACAAAAGAACGAUUCGGAUUAUCAGAUUUUGGUGAACUUGGAAAUGGGUAUGGAGAACAUUGAUAGAUUGGUUGAAGAUCAAGGGGUAAAGAAGAAGAAGCAGACAAGAAUCAAAAGCUUGAGGAAUUCUAUUGAGCUUUUAACCAUUGUUGCUUCUUUGAACUCUAAAACGUCCAAAGAAGGUUCAACUUGUGGAAUACCCAAUUCACAUCUCUCUGCUUGUGCUCAACUCUACUUGGCUAUAGUGUACAAGCUCGAGAAAAAUGAUCGUAUUUCUGCAAGACAUCUCCUACAAGUGUUUUGUGAUUCUCCAUUUGUAGCUCGGACGUUUUUACUUCCUGAGCUUUGGGAGCAUUUAUUUCUUCCCCAUCUUCUCCAUAUCAAAAUUUGGUACACGAAAGAACUUGAGUUCCUCUCAAGCGAAGGUCAUGAUCAUGAGAAGCAGAAGAAAUUGAAGGCUCUUAGCAAAGUGUACAAUGAGAAAAUGGAUAAAGGAACUACCCUGUUUGCUCUGUAUUACAAGCAGUGGUUAAAAGCAGGGGCUAAUGAGCCUCCGAUUCCGAUUAUACCAUUGCCAUCAAGACCAAGGCACAACAGACCAUCAAGAAGAAGUUCAUCAGAUUCUUUCACUUCACAUACCUCAAUGAACCAGAACUUGUACCAAGCAGUAUUUGGCUCCAAACUAGAGCAAAAAUCAUCCAGUUCUAAUGAUCAAAAUGAAGUGUUGAGAAUUACUUGGCGUUCAGAGAUAGAUGAAAAUCUGGGUGGAGAUGAAUACAAUAUCAGUAGUACAGUGCAGAAAGAAGACAGGAUGACUUCUUUUGGAAGCUUUCCAAGGAAAAUCAACAGAAACCAAUCCGAAUUGCUUGACCCGAGGAGGUCAGACUAUUUCCAGUGCUUUUCUUGCAGGAAUAUAUCAACAGAAGGCUUGAUAGUUGGCAAUAAUACGGACAACAAUGUUUCAGUGAGAAAGAGAACAAAUCUUUCAGGUGAUCUUAUUGAAUCUAUUACAACUCUAUGCUCAUCGGGUGUUCUAAGUGAAUGCGAAUUUGCAAUUCGUAUGAUUACCAAAGCUUGGUUAAAUUCUCACGGUGAUCAUGCCCUUGUAGAAGCCUUGUCAAAUCCUAGUGUGAUUGAAGCCAUGCUAGAGGUGUUAUUUGCCUCUAAUGAAGAUGAAAUUCUAGAACUGAUUAUAUCAAUUUUAGCAGAAUUAGUAGGAAGGAAUGCAGUUAUAAGCCAAAUUAUACUGAACUCAGAUCCACAGCUAGUAGUCUUCGUUAGACUUCUUAGAAGCACAAGUCUAUUUCUUAAAGCAGCCAUACUGCUUUAUCUGUCUAAACCACAGGCAAAACAGAUGUUAUCAUCAGAAUGGGUGCCAUUAGUACUUCGAGUUCUAGAAUUUGGAGAUAAGAUACAAACACUUUUUACUGUACAAUGUAGUCCUCACAAGGCAGCAUUUUACUUGCUGGACCAACUCCUUACUUGUUUUGAUGAUGAUAAGAACUUAGAGAAUGCAAGGCAAGUUGUUUCUCUGGGGGGACUGACACUGCUGAUCAGAAGAAUCGAAAAAGGAGAGAUCCAUGAGAGAAAUAAAGCUGCUUUGAUAAUUUCGUGCUGCAUUCGGGCUGAAGGAAGCUGUCGAAAUUUUUUGGCUGACAAUAUUGAUAAGGCUUGUCUACUAGAACUCAUUGUUCUUGAUUACUCUGCAAAUUUCAGUGGGUCUACCUUUUCUGUGUUAGUAGAGUUACUCUGCCUUGACAGAACCAGAAUUUCCAAUUUCUUGAGAGGACUCAAGGAAGGAUGGGGUGGCUUAAACACCAUGCACAUCUUGUUCAUGUAUCUUAGAAAGGCUAAGCCUGAAGAACGACAGUUAGUUGCAACAGUAUUAUUGAUCCUUGAUCUUAUGGAAGAUCCUUUCAAGGGAAGCUUUUACAGAGAAGAAGCAAUAGAGACAAUUGUGGCUUGUUUAAAUUGUGAGAUGUGUGAUGAUAGAAUUCAGGAACGAUCAGCCAGAGCUUUGCUCAUGUUGGGAGGGAGAUUUUCAUACACUGGAGAAUCAGUAAUGGAGAAAUGGCUUUUACAGAAAGCAGGGUUCCAAGAAAGUUGCUUCCAAGAUUCAUGCCAUGGCAAGGAAAUUGUUGUCUAUGAUUCAACCCCUCAUAUAGAAGAGGAAGAAGUGGAGAGCUGGCAAGAGAGGGCAGCCUGUGCAAUGUUGAAAAGUGGGAAUAGUAAGAAAUUAGUAUCAGCACUUGCUGACUCCAUGGCGAAUGGAAUUCCGUGCUUGGCUCGAGCGAGCCUUGUGACGGUCUCAUGGAUGAGCAACUACCUUCACCUUGUCCAAGACAGAGAGUUGCCAAAGAUGGCCUCAUCAAUCUUGAUGCCACAGCUGCUACAAUCCUUGAAUUAUGACAGAGAUAGUGAGGAGAGAGUGCUUGCUUCAUAUUCUUUACUAUGCCUCUUUAAGAGUUCAGGAGGAUGUGAUGUUGCCUGGCGGCACAAAGAGUCACUGGGACAGCUUCAAAACCUCUCACUAGUGACGUGGACAGCCAACAAGCUCCUCUCCAAAGCCAGCUUGCAUUCACAGCAAUGAUCAAUCAUUCCUCUCUCUCUCUCUCUCUCUCUCUCUCUCUCUCUCUCUCUCUCAAAAUUAUAGAAAGAGGAUAUGUAUAAUGAGGUGAUUUUGUAUAGUUGGUGAGCUUAUUAACAAACUAAAGUGACUAGUUCUUGCAAAUUAAUACAACACAUGUUACAUUAA